AGUUGAGAAUCCGUGCCACAGUUAUCGAUGGUAUCGGUACGGCCGCCGAUGUUUUGACAGCUCUUUUGGUUAGUCCGUACCGGCUCGUUUUUAUGCAUUGUUAAAAUAUAUUAUAUAAGUAUGAUGCGGAGCGUUAUUAAUCAAUUUCUGGGUCUGAGGCUCAGUGGCAACUGCAGUGUUAUGGUUACGCAGGUGCGCGACAAGGGCCAUUUGAGCAGACCUCGACAGCGGAAUCCCCAAUGGUUUUUGCGCAAGGAAAUCACUAAAUACAACGAUUUGAUGACGGCGGAGAACAAGCAGUUCGUCAACGAAGUGGGCACCGACAACUAUGGCGUUAAGAAAGAUAACUUGGUCAAGACCGCAGAGCCAUCCGCCAAUGAGGCCGUAUGGACUCCGAAUUUGAGGAGAUGCGGCGUAAUAGCGCGCAAAAUUGGCCAGUAUCCACUGUGGCUUAAGAAUGGCGAGCGUAUACGCACCACGCUGCUCCAAAUUGCGGACAACCAUGUCAUCAAAUACAUUCCUCCGGAAGAGUAUUUACCUGCCCAAGUUCCCACGGUCGCCAACCUGCACAAGCGCGGCUGUAUUCUCGUUGGCUCGGAGACCACAAACCCAGCUCUGCUGACCAAAGAGUAUGCGGGUAUAUUCCGGAACUCGGGCGUGCUACCCAAGAAGAACCUGGCCCGUUUCAUCGUUUCUCCAGAGGCCCAACUGGAGCCAGGCACUCCACUAAGUGUCAACCACUUUCGCAUUGGUGACUUCGUCGAUGUUCGCGGCAAAACAGUUGAUCAUGGUUUCCAAGGUGUCGUCAAGCGCCACGGAUUCAAGGGCAUGCCAGCAUCGCACGGUGUAACGAAAACUCAUCGACGUGCCGGUAACAUUGGCGGUGGUGGCGAGAAGGGCCGCGUUUGGCCAGGCACAAAGAUGCCGGGACACAUGGGAAAUCGGUGGCGCAAAAUCAAGGGCCUGCGAGUGUGGCGCAUCAACUCGAAAUACAACGUCAUGUGGGUGCAAGGCAGCUCGGUGCCCGGCCCCACCGGCGGUCUGGUCUACAUAUACGAUACCAUCUUGCCAUUGCGAAGGAAUAAGGAAGCCCCGCCAUUCCCAACGUUUUACGGGGAGCCACAGCAAGAUGGGGAUGAUGUAUGGUAUGAAAAGGUGCACAACUUUAAAAGCGAGUCUAUAACGUAUGAAAACGAAUAACUUUAGUGCUUAAGGUAUUAUAGAACCCUAAUUGUUUGUUUUGAAAUAAAAAAAAAAAUAACUCAUUUUA